AUGAGUAGCGGCAUACAGCGAAAACGUCUGGCGUGUGUCGAGUGUACACGACGCAAAGUGAAGUGCGACAAGAUCCUCCCAUGUCGUAAUUGCACCAGAAAGGGGUCACGAUGCACACGGCCGCGCGAGCGGGACUCGCCGAACCCGAGCGUUUCUCAAUCCGAAGGACGAAGUGAGCAAGAGUUUCAGGCCCGGCCGAGUGUGGAUGCUUCAAGGACUAUUGAAUUACUUCAGAGCAGAGUUGCACAGCUUGAGGCCGCGCUGAGUGAGGCAAGAGAAUCACUACUUCGGCCGCGUACUUCGGCGCUGGAUACUGAAAUACACGAUGACUCUUUCUCCCCGGCCGAAUCCAUAACAGUGGAGCGGUUGACUGUUCCCCUUCAGAGCUCUGCGCAUAGUGAAUCAGCAACAAGCCCGAAUGAGGUGGAAGAUGCUGCGACAAUACUAGAAUUCCUGGCCUGGGGCCGCCGCAAAGAUCCCACCUACCAGGACGAGAUUGUCAGGCGAAACAAUCUGGAUCACUCCCCUGGUGAUGUUCCCGACGAUAAUGAAUGGGAGGAUAUGCACAUGCCAGGGCCUCCGGCUGCUGCUCUUUGCCAGGCACUACUCCCUCCAAGACAAAAAGUCUAUCAACUAGCCAAAUACCACUGCGAGUGCCUACUCUGGUACCAUGGAGCGUUCCAUGCAGCUACCUUCCUGCAGGAGCUAGAUGAAUUUUAUGACAAGGGAGAUGGAAAGGUGGAUGGCCGUGGAAUCAAUUUGCAGUGGAUCUCCUUUCUCUUCGCUGUCCUGACGGGAUCGAUGGCUUGUGCGCCUCGGUCGACUGCCCAGGCAUGGGGUUUCCGUGACACUGAGAGAGAUACCUUGUCGAAGCGGUGGCUGAAGGCGUCAAUAACAUGUUUACACCAGGCCGACUAUAUGGCCAAUCACUCAAUAUACUCUGUCGAAGCCAUAGCCAGUCUCACCAUCUCAGCCCACAUGCUUGGCCAUUCCAACGGAUUCUCCGUGCUGUUGGCAUCGGCCGUGCGGAUCGCCCAGGGGCUCGGACUGCAUCAACUUGGGGAUGACGAGAAUUCACAGUCAAUUGGCCCGGUGAAAAGGGAAAUCGGUCGCCGCGUAUGGUGUCAGCUUUGCAUACAGGACUGGUUCUCCAUUCCAUUUACCGAAAGCUACUUGAUCCACCGGUCAUGCUUUACCACCGAAAGGCCCUCAAAUUGCGAUGAUGACAUGAACAAGCUUUCAGAAGACCAUCCUACUGUAACGGGCUUGUCACGCCUAAAAUACAAGAUCGCCGCUUUAAUGCCGGAUCUUCAAGACGAUAUUACCUCUUGCAAUACCCUCUACACCCGCUACGAAGAGGUUCUCAAAUAUGAUCGCAGAUUACGCACACUGGCUACUCAACACUUGCCGUACUAUUUACAAAAUGUCCCACUGGAUCCAUCGUGGCCAUGCUACGUAACAUGGGCUCGACGAAGUUUAGCCAUCAGCUCUUCUCAUAAGGUUAUAAUGAUUCAUCGGAAAUUUUUGAGUCUGAGCUUCGUGAAUCCAAUGUUCGAGUUCACCCGGAAAACCUGUGUGGCUGCAUCCAGAACGAUCAUCAAGGAACAAAAAGAGGCGACGCGUAAUGGUGGGCCUAUGUUAUGGAUUCAUCAAGCGUUCAGUGUCACUGCAAGUAUCAUACUGUGUCUAGACAUGUUCCAUCAGCCUCGACCAGAUCGUCAGGCUUCUGAGCACCGGCAGCUCAUCGAAGACGGGAUUGAGAUUUUAUCACAUUGUGAGACCGAUAUGAUUGCACGGCGAGGUAUAUCGCUUCUCCGGGCAAUGCUUGAAGCUCAACAAAGGGGCCCUCUGGAGAGGAGAACCAUGGGUGAACUGCGAGAGCCACCGCUUCUACAUGGCACGAUGCCCAAAGAAAGUGGCCUUGACAUUGCAGCCAUCAUCCAAACAUUUUAUCGACAAGAUCGGGCAAGUGUCACCGGGCACUGCCGAACAACUCUGAGUGGAUCCUCUCUCACAAGAACUACGGGGCAUACUCGUUGGCCUGACAUGUCGAAUGAUGUCUCGGGAAUCAUGCCCAGCGUUGAUCUCAUGAUGCCGUUGGGCGUUGAUUAUGCGGAGGGUCUGGAUGAUAUUCUCAGUUUGGCAACAAAUUAUCUCAACUAG